UGUUUAUCAAAAUUGAACUCAUUGUGAUAAUUAAGAGAUUUGAAGAAGAUAAACUAAAAAUCACCAAUUUAGAAGAGGUUCUACAAACACAACCUAAUUCUUAAUAGUACCAUCUUUGAAGUUCGAACUAUAUCCAAUUUGACAAACAUAGCAGCAUUGUAAUAACAGAAUCACAACACAGCAACCACAGUUGCGCCUGUCACCAACAUCUCCCAAACUUUUUUAACCCUCUCUCUCUCUCUCCACUUUUUUAGAGAGAGAAACUCUCUCAAAAGCAAAUUGAUUUGAGUAUGCCGACUCCGGCAGCCGAGAGGGGAAUCCCGCGGCCGGCGGGACCGAGAGUGAAAUUGCGUACCCUGCUCCGCGUAGCAUCGGUGGCCGGCGGAAUACAGUUUGGGUGGGCACUACAGCUGUCGCUAUUGACCCCAUACGUGCAGGAACUCGGCAUACCCCACGCGUGGGCUAGUAUUAUCUGGCUGUGCGGCCCGCUUUCAGGCCUCCUCGUUCAGCCCCUCGUCGGCCAUUUCAGUGACCGCUGCACCAGCCGCUUCGGCCGCCGCCGCCCCUUCAUUCUCGGCGGCGCCACCUCCAUAAUUAUCGCCGUCGUCAUAAUUGGAUUCUCCGCCGACAUCGGCUGGUACUUUGGCGAUCGCGGGCAGAAAAAAAUGCGUGCGAUUGUUGCGUUUGUGAUUGGAUUUUGGGUUCUGGACGUUGCCAACAAUAUGACCCAGGGCCCGUGUCGCGCCCUUCUCGCUGAUUUAACUGGGAAGGACCACAGAAGAACUCGAGUGGCAAAUGCGUAUUUCUCCCUAUUUAUGGCUGUCGGCAAUAUCCUCGGAUUCGCCACUGGAUCAUACAGUAACUGGUUCAAAAUUUUUCCGUUUACGCUCACUUCCGCUUGCGAUGCUAGUUGUGCUAAUCUAAAGGCGGCAUUCCUUAUUGAUAUCAUGUUCAUUAUAAUCACUACAUGCAUAAGUUUGUCAGCAGCCCACGAACAGCCUUUAACUUAUCCGAGUAUUCAAUCCAUUCAUUCCGGUGAAGAAAUGCCUAAAGAUUCUUCAGAGCACGAAGCUUUUCUAUGGGAACUCUUUGGAACAUUUAGAUAUCUCCCCGGUACUGUUUGGACUAUCCUUGUUGUUACUGCCUUGACUUGGAUUGGUUGGUUUCCGUUUCUUUUAUUCGAUACUGAUUGGAUGGGUCGUGAGAUAUUUGGCGGUGAACCGAAUGAUGGCAAGAAUUACAGUAUGGGAGUGAGAAUGGGUUCGCUCGGCUUAAUGUUGAAUUCUUUGGUACUUGGAAUUACAUCCGUUUUUAUGGAGAAGCUAUGCAGGAAAUGGGGUGCUGGUUUUACGUGGGGAGUUUCGAAUAUUCUCAUGUCUGUUUGCUUUGUGGCUAUGCUUAUUAUUACUGUGGUUAAUAGCAAUGUGAAAUUUGAUGGCCUUCUUCCUCCUGAUGGUGUCGUCGUUGCUGCUCUAAUUGCAUUUGCGUUUCUUGGUGUUCCAUUAGCUAUAACAUAUAGCGUUCCAUAUGCAUUGGUAUCUACACAUAUUGAAGCUUUAGGCCUAGGCCAAGGAUUAUCAAUGGGAGUUCUGAAUCUGGCAAUUGUAAUUCCACAGAUUAUAGUGUCGAUUGGAGCGGGUCCGUGGGAUGAACUAUUUGGUGGUGGGAACUCAGCAGCAUUAAUAAUUGCAGCAUUUGCUGCAUUUGUAGGAGGGAUUAUAGCCAUUUUGGCUAUUCCUCGAACAAGGGUCGAUAAAUCCAGGAUCCACCAUUAAUAGCUAUCUCUCUCCCCUUUCUCAAUAUUCAGUUUUCAAGAUUCCAUCAUUUAAAAUGUUUCUAAAUUUGGUGAAAAAAUUGUUUCGUUUCGGGAUGUUGUACGGGUACGGGGGAAGCUAUGGAUAAUUGUAUUUAUUUGUAAUAGUUGAUGUGAUGCAAUUUUUUAUUUU